AUGUGGGUAGCUAACUAUGAUAGAUUACCAACCCGUUGUCGCCUUGCUGCUUGGGAUACAAGCAUUGUCAAAACGUGCUUGUUAUGUGGACACUAUGAUGAAAGCAGAGACCACCUUUUCCUAAGGUGCUCUUUCAGCGAACAUAUAUGGAAGGAGAUCACUGUACGUCUCGGCUACAGACCGUUCUACUUCCACACCUGGACUGCUCUUAUUGCCUGGCUCGAUGUUGGAGACACAACGAGCCCUCUCACUCUCAGACGUCUUGUUGCUCAGGCCACCAUAUAUAGCUCUCCUUGCCUCUGCAAAGACAUUGACAGACUUCUCAGGAACAUAAUCCUAGCCAGGAAGAACCGCAGCAAAUUCGGUUGCCUAAUGCAAGUAUGGCUCAAGCAUACUGUCUAG